GCAGGAGUUGAGCAUUAUGGACCUUAAGUAUUUGAAUUCCACCUCACUAACACAAAAUUGAAAAAGCAAAUGUGCAACAUAUAAAAGGUUAGAUCCUUUUUCAUGUGUCAAGACAUUACAAAGCUUAAGCUGACAUUGUACCCAAGUUGCAUUUCCUUUCUCUCAACUAGUACUGACCAAGUUAUCAGAAGAUUGAUGCCGAUAAGAGAGAGACAAAUGGGGGAAACAUUCAAAAUGCUAAUAAGAGAGAGACGAGAGGGAUUAACGAAAAGGAGUCACAGUUCCGAGUAUUGUCAGACCGGUUGCUUUGAACCUGAACUGUUUGAAGUUUGAUGGACAGGCGAUACCCCAGCAGGGGGAUAAAAGGAACAGGUUCGCUAAGGCAAAACACACCACGACACCACGAGAUAACAAGACCCUGGAAGUGCAGUGUGCCCCCACAAGUUGGUCAGAGUUUUGGAGGUCUGGUCGUGGGACCAACCAUAGACGCACAGGGUGAGACGGUAUGAUCGGCGGGAACCUGGUGUGUGUGUCCACCCUUGCCUGGGUGCCAGGUUCGCCGCAGAAGAACAAUUGUAUCCGGAACGGAGGGGUCACAGUCGGUGACCUCAGAAGACAUUAAAAAGGGCUCGCGCUGAAAGCUAACUGCGAGGAAUAUCAAAGGUCUGUUGAAUCCAAUUUGAAUAUCAGCAUUCGCUCUCUCUCGCUCUCCCCCCAACGGCACAACGGCAAUUAUUGCAAACUGAAACUGAACUGAACUCUGUGUCACUUGAGACUGAUCAUUUUACCCCUAGACUGCAAUAGAGCUUGAUUGAUCCUAUUAUCCUAGUUCUGUGUACAUGUGUGUUUAUUCAUUGCUAACCUGUUGCAUUUAUAUACUUAAUAUUAGAGUACUGUGUUACUUAUUUCUUUAAUAAAACUUUCUUAGUUCCAGUAAUCCAGACUCCAACUAAGUGGUCCAUUUCCGCUGGUUUGACAACCCAGUUACGGGGUACGUAACAUAAGUGGGGUUCUCGUCCGCGAUUUUGAACGCUAAAUUUGGGACUGGGUAAAUUGAUUGGGUUAAAAUUCCCGAAAGAAAGAAAAGGCAAACAGCAGAAAUGGAGAUUGAGGAAUUUCUAAAGGCGCCAACCUUGGAGGCAUUAGAGGAUGCCAGGAAAGUAGAAGUGGCAGCUGUGGCCAAACGGUUGAAUCUUUUUAAGGGGAAGUUGACAAUGAGGAGAGAGGAGAUGCACAGAGCUAUCAUAGAGCAUUAUGUGUUUAAAGGUGUGUUUCCCCAAGGGGAGCUGGAGGUGAUAUCUAUUGGAAAACCUGGUGGAGACACAGCACAGGUGCAGCUUGAAAAAUUGAGACUCGAGCACCAGUUCCGGGUACGACAGCAAGAACACGAAGAGAAACAGAACAGCAAGAGAGAGAGAGAGAGAGACAGUUAGAAUGGCAAGAGAGAGAGAGGGACAAACAGUUGGAGCGAGAAGAGAGGCAGUUGGAGAAACAGAGGGAAAGAGAAUUCGAGCUGGAGAGGUUAAAGAUGAUGGCAGCGCAGGGGCCCAUGCCGAACCAAGGUGGAGGGUUCAGAGCGACCCAGGAGUUAGGCUGGUUCCCCCAUUUGACGAGACCGAUGUUGAUCGGUACUUUCUCCAUUUUGAAAAAGUUGCUGUAAGUCAGGACUGGCCAAGGGAUAAGGGGGCUGUUUUGCUUCAGAGUGUACUUAAAGGAAAAGCCCAACAAGCUUCCUCGGCUUUGUCCGCAGAAGAUGCCCAGAGGUAUGAGGUGCUGAAAGAGGCCAUCCUCAGGAUUUAUGAGUUGGUCCCGGAGGCAUACCGGCAGAGGUUCCGGAAUGCGAGGAAGCAGUGGGGCCGCACGUAUUUAGAGUUUGCCCGUGAGCUGCAGACAUAUUGUGAGCGUUGGUGCGCCUCGAAAGGGGUCAAUGGGGAUUAUGACAGACUGCUACAGCUCAUCCUGACUGAGCAGUUUAAAGGUUGUGUCCCUGAAGGUAUGAGGCCCUACCUAGAUGAGAAAGAGGCAGACACUUUAGCCGCAACUGCUAAGUUAGCGGAUGAGUAUGCGUUGACACAUAAAACGAAGUUUGCCCCGAAUAAAGGCUACCAGAAGGAUAGUCAGGAUGGCGGGGAGAGUCCGCCAGAAAAAUCAGAAAGUAAGCCGGGGACUAGUGAGAAGGAUAAGGUAGACCGGGAGCAGUUUGGUAGGAAGUCUCCUGGGGUCGUAUGCUAUAAUUGUGGGAAAGUCGGACAGUUUGCAUCCAGGUGCUUUGCCCCAAAGAAGAAGACGGGGAAAGGAAAAACGGCGGUUCCGACUGGCUGUAUUGAGCUGGUAAGCAAACCGCUAGGAGAGAAGAGGUCUGACAAAGUUCAGGAAGGGCGCGAGAGGUUUAUCUCGGCCGGAUUGGUGUCGGUGAAGGAGGGGUUAAACCCAGUUCCAGUACGGAUCCGGAGAGACACGGGAGCAUGUCAGUCAUUGAUAUAAAAGAGUGUGUUAGACUUUAGUUCAGAGACCCAGACUGGGGAGGUCAGGGUCAUAAAAGGCAUUGGAAAAGGGACUGAAGCAGUACCUUUGCACCAGAUACACCUACAAAGCGACUUGGUCUCCGGACCGGUCACGAUCGGGGUGAGGCCCAAACUACCGAUGAAAGACGUGGAGGUCUUACUCGGUAAUGACCUCGCCAGCGGAAAUGUGUUCUCAGCAGUGAACCUGACAAGCCAGCCUGCCAGCAUUGAGGCCCAGCCCAUGGACUCACAGGUUUAUCCCAUUUGCGCAGUGACUCGGCAUGUGUCCAGAAAGGCUGCCAAAGUAACUACAGAAUUGGCUGACAACAGGAAUUCUGCAGAUGCUAGAAAUUCAAGCAACAUACAUCAAAGUUGCUGGUAAACGCAGCAGGCCAAGCAGCAUCUGUAGGAAGAGGUGCAGUCGACGUUUCAGGCCGAGACCCUUCGUCAGGACUAACUGAAGGAAGAGAGUGAUCUUGAAGCAACAUGAGCAGAAUAAAACAAGUGAAGCAAGAGAAAAAGAAAAUGGAAGAACUAAAAAGGUAGUUAAAGUGCUCCAGACAAAAAGGUAGGUUCUAAAGUAUAUGCAAUUUGGAGAACCAUUUAGAAAGUAGAUAGAAGGCAGACUAGAAUAAAGCAAAAGUCAAAUAAUCCUGAAAUAACAAUUUAACUGUGGCAAAAAAUAAUGGUCCUUGCAGUGAAGGCAGUUAUAGAUGGAAAAUUAUUCUAAACAACACAAAGAAUAGACAGGAAGUGUUAUGCUGAGAGCUUCCAGUUUUAGAGAGUUGGUGAAGCACAAUGACUACUUGCUGGUAGCAAGCAAAACUGCUCACUACUUUAAUAACCACUUUUUUUUCUGGUAAACAUUCACUGCCACCAAUAGCCUGUAGCUUCCCUUUUGCAGCUGAGGUUUUGAAAGGCUUGUACAACCUGGCAUUUUUGCAGUGUGAACUGAAGUCUCAAAGGUACAGGGUGGUUGUGGCGUGCCGUUUAUAGACCAAAUCCAGAUGAUGAAGCCCGGACCCCAAGAGCAGAGUAUGAGCCAAUGUUUGGCCAUCGCUGGAGCGGACUUGGAGGCAACUUGAUGCAUCAGAACCGAGGCAAGUCAGCGUCCAGGUAGUGGGGCCUGGGCACGAGAGUGAGGGAAGACCCAGGGUUUGACUGAUUUAAGUGCUGGGCGAAAUUGGAAAGGUAGCGAGCAUAUGGACUGAAUUGAAGCAGCAGGGCUAGAUUUGACUGAGGGCAAGGAACGACCCGAGUUUUGGACGAGUGCUGGACCAGAUUGAAAAGGUCAGGGUGUGGGAGUCAGACUCGAGGAAUGGGCUGAUUCAACUCACUGCUUCACAAGGUUUACUCACUUUUGCGCUGAACUGAGACUGUGGCCUGUAACUAACGGGCUACCAGACCGGCUUUGUGGCUGUGGACUCACUUUCAUGAACUUCAGUUACGUGCUUGCAGAAUUUUUAAUGGUCUUUAUUUUUAAAAUGGGUUCUAUUGGGUUUCCUUGUUUUGUGGCUGCCCGCAAGCAGACUGUCAGGGUUGUAUAUAAUAUACAUACUAUGAACUUCAUAUGCAAAACUGAAGUUACAA